CUCCCCUCCCCUCCCCUCCUCUCCUCUCCCGCGACAUUUUGUCUCGUUCCUAAGCAGUUUCCACUUUCCAGGAAUGCCGCAGUUGUCACGAAGAGGAAGAGGCUGUUAUUGUUAACGGUUGGAACCGAACCGAACCGAACAGACGUGAUUCAGAUGAAGAACCGGGGCGAUCCUCCGCAGCACAAUAUCCGUUAGAUUGGCGGAAUAAUAAGGAGUUGGAUACAGAAUGUAAAAUGCGACCGUUAUUACCGUGAGACAGGUCUCCUGUGGUGCUGUCUCCGCAGGUCUCCUGUGGUGCUGUCUCUGCAGGUCUCCUGUGGUGCUGUCUCCGCAGCUCUCCUGUGGUGCUGUCUCUGCAGGUCUCCUGUGGUGCUGUUCCCGGUAGCGGCAUGGUCUACGCCCAAUCAACAGACACCAUCAAGCCCUCCCUCCUGCCCCUCCUCUCCCCCUCCUUUACCCUCCCCAUGACCUUUAACCUCUCAGACAGGGGCAACACCAGUUCAGCGACACCCUCCAUCUGGAACCACGACGCCCUCUCCUCCUCCUCCUCCUCCUCCUCUUCCUCCUCCGGCCUCCAGAACACCACCCAGGUGUGGUAUGAACUCACCCCAGCGGAGGUGGCUGUUCUGGGGCUGGUGUUCAGUCUCCUGUGGUUGGUGUCCAUCCUGGGUAAUGUUCUAGUGUGUGUAGUGAUCCACCGUAGCAGAAGGAGUCAGUCCACUACGAACUACUUUGUGGUGUCCAUGGCCUGUGCCGACCUGUUGCUGUCCCUGGGCUGUGCUCCCUUCAUCCUCCUCCAGGUGACCUGCGGGGGCUGGCCUCUCAGCGCUGCCGCCUGUAAGGCUGUUCGUUACCUGCAGCACCUGUGUCCUGGUGUCCAGGUGUAUGUUCUGCUGUCCAUCUGUGUGGACCGGUUCUACACCAUUGUGUACCCACUGAGCUUCAAGGUGUCCAGGGAGAAAGCGAAGAGGAUGAUCCUGGCCUCCUGGAUGUUGGACGCCGCUUUCGUCUCUCCCUGUCUUUUCUUCUACGGCUCGGAGGCGGUGGACGGGGGAGGGCACUGUGACUUCUUCCUGCCGGCGGGAAGCUGGGAUGGCGUUCUGUACGGUUCCGUCCACCUGCUCCUGGGGUUCCUGGUCCCAGCUGUCCUCAUCGUGUGGUUCUACCAGCGCGUGGUCCACUACAUCUGGAGGAUCGGCGCGGACGGACACACGGUCAGGAGAACCAUGAACAUCGUCCCCAGGACUAAAGUGAAGACCAUCAAGAUGUUUCUCAUGCUGAACGUGGUGUUCCUCCUCACCUGGACUCCCUUCUAUGUGGUCCAGGUGUGGCACCCUAGUGAGGCCCCGGGCCCCAGCAGACAGGGGGCUCUGGUGUUCUGCUGUGUGGUCUGGGUGUCGUUCAGCUCCGCCGCCUCGAAACCCUCGCUCUAUUCCGUCUACAACGCUAACUUCAGACGCGGCAUGAGGGAGACCUUCUGCACGUCCUCUAUGAAGUGUUACCGUAGCAACGCCUACACCAUCACCGCCAGCUCCCGCAUGGCCAAGAGUAACUACGUGGGCGUGGUGGAUAUCCCCGUGGCGACCAAGACGACGCUCACCAAAGACUCCGUCUACGACACGUUUGACCGCGAGGCCAAGGAGAAGAAGCUGGCCUGGCCAAUCAGAGCCAACCCUCCCAACACCUUCGUCUGAUGAGAGGGGAGGGAGACAGGGUUUAACUAUCAAUCAGAGCCAAACCUCCCAACAACCUUCGUCUGACGGGAGGGGAGGGAGACAGGGUUUAACUAUCAAUCAGAGCCAAACCUCCCAACAACCUUCGUCUGACGAGAGGGGAGGGAGACAGGGUUUAACUAUCAAUCAGAGCCAAACCUCCCAACAACCUUCGUCUGACGGGAGGGGAGGGAGACAGGGUUUAACUAUCAAUCAGAGCCAAACCUCCCAACAACCUUCGUCUGACGAGAGGGGAGGGAGACAGGGUUUAACUAUCAAUCAGAGCCAAACCUCCCAACAACCUUCGUCUAACAUGUCUAUGGUUCUGAAUCCCCUGUCUGUCUGCUACAGUCUGUUAACAUGUCUAUGGUUCUGAAUCCCCUGUCUGUCUGUUAACAUGUCUAUGGUUCUGAAUCCCCUGUCUGUCUGUUAACAUGUCUAUGGUUCUGAAUCCCCUGUCUGUCUGUUAACAUGUCUAUGGUUCUGAAUCCCCUGUCUGUCUGUUAACAUGUCUAUGGUUCUGAAUCCCCUGUCUGUCUGUUAACAUGUCUAUGGUUCUGAAUCCCCUGUCUGUCUGCUACAGUCUGUUAACAUGUCUAUAGUUCUGAAUCCCCUGUCUGUCUGCUACAGUCUGUUAACAUGUCUAUGGUUCUGAAUCCCCUGUCUGUCUGCUACAGUCUGUUAACAUGUCUAUGGUUAUGAAUCCCCUGUCUGUCUGCUACAGUCUGUUAACAUGUCUAUGGUUCUGAAUCCCCUGUCUGUCUGUUAACAUGUCUAUGGUUCUGAAUCCCCUGUCUGUCUGUUAACAUGUCUAUGGUUCUGAAUCCCCUGUCUGUCUGUUAACAUGUCUAUAGUUCUGAAUCCCCUGUCUGUCUGUUAACAUGUCUAUGGUUCUGAAUCCCCUGUCUGUCUGUUAACAUGUCUAUGGUUCUGAAUCCCCUGUCUGUCUGUUAACAUGUCUAUGGUUCUGAAUCCCCUGUCUGUCUGCUACAGUCUGUUAACAUGUCUAUAGUUCUGAAUCCCCUGUCUGUCUGCUACAGUCUGUUAACAUGUCUAUGGUUCUGAAUCCCCUGUCUGUCUGCUACAGUCUGUUAACAUGUCUAUGGUUAUGAAUCCCCUGUCUGUCUGCUACAGUCUGUUAACAUGUCUAUGGUUCUGAAUCCCCUGUCUGUCUGUUAACAUGUCUAUGGUUCUGAAUCCCCUGUCUGUCUGUUAACAUGUCUAUGGUUCUGAAUCCCCUGUCUGUCUGUUAACAUGUCUAUAGUUCUGAAUCCCCUGUCUGUCUGUUAACAUGUCUAUGGUUCUGAAUCCCCUGUCUGUCUGUUAACAUGUCUAUGGUUCUGAAUCCCCUGUCUGUCUGUUAACAUGUCUAUGGUUCUGAAUCCCCUGUCUGUCUGUUAACAUGCGUGUGGUAGGAUGUCUAUGAUAUGACCAUGACAUGGGGACAGUUAAGAUUGUAUGAAUGGAAGAGGUUUUCUCAGGUAGAGCAGUCUGUUAACAUAAUCCUAUAAUUAUAUACAUGGUCCUCAUAUGUCUAUAACACAUUGUACCAUCUGUUAUAACACAUUGUACCAUCUGUUAUAACACAUUGUACCAUCUGUUAUAACACAUUGUACCGUCUGUUAUAACACAUUGUACCAUCUGUUAUAACAUUGUACCAUCUGUUAUAACACAUUGUACCAUCUGUUAUAACACAUUGUACCAUCUGUUAUAACACAUUGUACCAUCUGUUAUAACACAUUGUACCAUCUGUUAUAACACAUUGUACCAUCUGUUAUAACACAUUGUACCAUCUGUUAUAACACAUUGUACCGUCUGUUAUAACACAUUGUACCGUCUGUUAUAACACAUUGUACCGUCUGUUAUAACACAUUGUACCGUCUGUUAUAACACAUUGUACCGUCUGUUAUAACACAUUGUACCGUCUGUUAUAACACAUUGUACCAUCUGUUAUAACACAUUGUACCAUCUGUUAUAACGUGUGAUGUUGUUAAUGCUGUUUUGUUGUGAUCCCUGUGAUUUUCAUGGAGGCUGAAGCCUUGAGGUGUUUGGUCUGACAGACGGCCUUUAACUGGGCCCCUGAGCCACACGCCGAUGGACGCAACAGACCAAGGACCUGAUUGGUUGGCGAUGGAGUCUCACCGCUAACUUCUAGUCUCAUUGAAACGCUCUGCACCAUCACUGGCCUUGACUGCUCUCACCUGUCACUGCCAGACCCUGACCCCUAACCUCUGGCCUCUAACCUCUGACCCCUAACCUCUGACCCCUAACCUCUGACUCCUAACCUCUGGCCCCUAACCUCUGACCCCUAACCUCUGACCCCUAACCUCUGACCCCUAACCUCUGACCCCUAACCCCUGACACUAAACCCAGCCUCUAACCUGCCAGACACUCUGUUAGUCUCUGUUAGUGUGUGAAACUACUGUCUGUACUGUGAUUUAAAUACUCAUUGCUUUCUACUGAUGAAUACCUAAUGAAUAAAGCAUCAGAUGUGUA